AUGAUCUUUUCGGAUGAAAAAUUUAUUCGGAUGGACCCCGGCAAAGCAUAUCAGUUCGUCCUUUCGAAAGCGGCCACAAAGCGUGAGGUGGAAGAAGAGCUGCUUGACCUUCCGCAUGGAAAGCCAACUGGCCCCGGAUUCACAUUCUGGGGAGGUGUGGGCGGCAAUGGCCAAAAAUUGCCGCUGUUGGUGCUGGAGCAAGGUCAAACUAUUGGCGGCCGAGAAUAUCGAUACUUCUUGACAAGCCAUAUCAUUCCGAAUGCCGAACUACUGAUUGGUCCCGACUUCAUUUAUCAGCACGACUGGGCGCCGGGGCACAACGAUACAAAAACCCAUCAGAUGCUCAUCGAGAAGGGUAUCCGAUAUCUGGACCGCAGCGAG